AUGGCUUCCACAACCUCGGCCCCCUCAUCGCAGCCAACGGCUUCCUCAAACCUAACGGUUUUGCCUCCUAUAAUCACAGGCUCCCCAGUUAAGCGGCAGGGCCGUCAGCGAUCCUCCUCGUACGCGAAGGAUCGUCUCUCAACGCACUCUAAUGUUUCCUUAGCUUCUCAGAAUCGGUCGCGGCCGGGAUCCCACGUCUUUCCUGUCUUUCAUUCCAGCUUACCGUAUGCGCUGGUUCGCGACUUUGCGUAUCCUCCUAUCCAUCCUCUUCACUACGGCCCAUUGCCGCCUCGUGCAUCGGUAGUAUCCACCCCGGCAAGUGAGCAACGGCGCCUGUCCGAUCCUCCGGCCCCAUGGGACAGUUCUCGUGGCCAAUGGUCCGUGGGACCGUGGACUACCGACCAUAGCUAUGGGCAUCAGCAACUUCCCGCCAUGUCCUUUGGCGAUGGACCGCCGUAUAGCGAGGAUGAAGACUUGCACAGCCCAGUCUUUUCCGCCCCCCGUCACCGGAAAAACAAGUCCACCGGAACGGACCUUAAUGGACGGAAAGCCAGGGGCCCUGGUGGCCGUGAGCAUCAAGGCAUGAGCUAUGAGGCGGAUACCGAUCGGGGUACGCUUGUCAGUAUGAACGCGGACGGCAGUGAGACGUACUAUGUAAACGAUGACGACGCUUUGGAGGAUGGACCGGGCGGCGAGUAUGUCACCUAUCCGGCGAACGAAAGCCGGUAUUCUCACGUGGGCUCAUAUGGCGACUAUCAAGCCUAUGGACAUGAUGCGGACUUUGAUUCUGAAGACGACUAUGCUGGGGAUCAUCGGUACUCGCGUGACUUCCAGUUUGCUGUGGGAUGCCCUGAUGAGGAGAUGCACGGAAAAGCGGUUGCGCUGUUCGAUUUCACAAGAGAGCAUGAGAACGAGCUGCCUCUUACUGAAGGACAGGUUAUCUUCGUCUCAUACCGGCACGGUCAGGGCUGGCUUGUUGCGGAGGAUCCCAAGACUGGGGAGAGCGGGCUGGUACCAGAGGAGUUUGUGCGUCUGCUUCGAGAUAUCGAGGGAGGGCUGACGUCGUUGAACGGCGAGCCUGAUGCGGACGAAGAGAACAAUACGUACCUGAGCCCGGAGUCGACAGACUCCCAGCAAGCUAUUACACCCACGCAAGACGAACAGCUCCCACUAGAAUCGACCUACGUUAGCGUCGAGCAUGUCUCCAACGGGGAGAAGAGGAAGUCUUCCCAUCUGUCUAGCGGUGGCAAGACGGAUUCGAACAUGUCACAUUUCCCGGCAGAAGAUCAGGGGCUUGAAGCCCCGCAAGACCUUCCUGAAAAGAAGGUGGCCUAG